UAUCGCAAAUAAAUAAACGGAUUCGCGACGACAAGAGAAUUUCCAGCAAGAGUACUAUACUCAUUCAUACCAAUAACAAAAACAAUACCAGCAACUUGUGUAUACAUAGAAUGAAUAUCUUUUCCAGAGGAAACAGCUUGCGGAGAGUGUCCAUCGGUUUACUCAAAAGUGUUACGGCUGCCCACUGCAAUCCGCCGCAUCUCGGUCAUCAGCUCCAUCAGCAGCAACUGUUUGUGCCCCUGAUUAUCAGUACCCGGACAAAUUGUUACCUCGACAUGAAACCGAAGGUCUACGUCACCAGAAAUGAUUACGCACGCAUCGGAUUGGAUCUGCUGAAGGAGGAAUGCGACCUUUCGAUCUGGGACGAAGCGUACCCGGUUCCUAAAGAUGAGUUUCUGAAGAACGUCGCCGGGAAGGAUGCCAUCUUCUGUUCGUUGAACGAUCGCAUCGACAAGGAACUGCUAGAUCAGGCCGGGCCAAGCUUGAAGGUUGUGGCUACCAUCUCGGUGGGCUUAGACCACAUCGAUGUGAAAGAAUGCCGCGAUCGAGGCAUUCGAAUCGGCUACACUCCGGAAGUCCUAACGGAUGCCACUGCAGAGCUGACUGUAGCGCUUCUUCUAGCCACGUCCCGUCGGCUUAUCGAAGCGAACAGAGAAGCUCACACCGGUGGCUGGAAAAGUUGGUCCCCAAUGUGGAUGUGCGGUACCAGCAUCAAAAAUUCCGUUGUAGGAAUCUUCGGCUUUGGUCGGAUCGGGCAAGAGAUAGCUAAGCGCAUAGUUCCUUUCAAACCCGCUCGCAUACAGUUCACCAACCGGUCGGACAAGUGUCUGACAGCUGACGACAUAGGCGCAUCGCAAGUUCCUUUCGACGAACUGAUCGAGACCAGCGACUUUAUUAUCAUUGCCUGUUCGUACAAUAUGGAAACGGCCAACCUGUUCAAUGAUUCCGUCUUCUCACGAAUGAAACCAUCGACCAUACUCAUCAACACCAGUCGCGGUGGUAUCGUCGAACAGCACGAUCUGAUCCAUGCUCUGAAGGCGGGGAAGAUUCAAGCUGCCGGACUGGACGUAACUACGCCGGAACCACUGCCACUGGAUAGUCCAUUGCUGCAGAUGAACAACGUCGUCAUUCUUCCGCACAUUGGCAGUGCCGACAUCGAGACUCGCACGGAAAUGUCUCGCAUCACGGCGUGCAAUAUAUUGGCCGGGCUCAAAGGAGUGAAAAUGAUUUCGGAAAUCUAAUAAGUAACGUAUCCUCACACUAGCAAUUAUACAGCUUAAUCAAUUGUUGACCUCAA